ACUAAGUGACUCACCAGAUUCUAGUAUCCAUAAAACUCUAGAAAAUUCCGAGCUCCGUGAUGGAGAAGACCAGCCAAUACAGACUGCUUCUGCAGGUGCGUACCAUCCUUUUUGUAACUUCAAUCCAGGUAACAAGGAUCUCCAUGAAGAUGUGUACGAGCCGCCAACAAAUGGCAUCACACAGAACAAGGACUCUAUUACUAAAGGAGAAAUGAAUACCAAAGUCAGUCAGCAUCAGUCAAGUACUCCAGUGAUUGAUCUCUCUAACCAACCUCAAGCUCAAUCAAAUCCACUAGAGAUUAUCGAAUUGAGCGAUGAUGAGAGUGAUGAUGACAAGGACAAGGAUGAUCAAGCUUACCAGAACUAUGAUCCAAAGAAGGUAAUGUGGUUCUAUGAAUUCCCUAAAGGAAAAACACAUGGACCAUUCUCUCUCACAGAUCUCAAAACGUGGAGUGACGAAGAGUACUUUGUUGGAGUUCCAGAUUUCAAAGUAUGGAAAACAGGAGAGAGUGCAGUGUUACUGACCAAACUUCUAUCUCACAUCAAAACCUAAUUGAAGAACUUACAAAAAAGCUUAGAAUUAAGUCUGAAAAGUGUGUAGUUUGUUUAUUUCUCUAAAACAGUUGUUGCUGAAUUUAGUGCACAUAAUGCAAAGAUUCUGACUUUUGUUAUAAAAAAAGUCUCCUCUUAAAAUCUAAUGAAGACAUUAUUGUUGAA